AUGAAAAUAGGCUUGAAUAAGCAUUGGGUCCAGAUGCGCCCAUCGGACAUGCGGCCUGCUUCCCUGUCGAAUCCGGAGGAUCCGGGAAACCAAAAUGCGGGAGAGACGGCAAUCGGCAGCGGCAAUGAUCGACUCGAGGGUGGCAGAUUGUUUAGGGAUCCCCAGGUUCCAGACUCUCCCACGGACAGGCUGGAGAGUAACUGCUGGCCCCAGCGGAAUGCUACAGGAAACGUUGAGCAACAACCCAGAUUUCAACCAUAUUACUUCGAUCUUGAUGAAACAACUACUGAUGCGGUACUCGAAAUCAAGGAAUUAACUUAUAUUAAAGCAUUAACACCAGACGAGACCUCUGGGCCUAUGCAGAGAGCCAAGGAAGAUGCCAAUAUAAGAAAAGUGAACGUGAUAGUGACUGAAGCGGUAGCAGAUAAUACAGUGGCUCAAAGACUUAGAGUUCUCGCCUAA